AUUGCAUUUCAUCUCUCUGUAGAGCAAUCCUCCACCACACUCUCUCUUUCAUCCUUCAUCUCUUCUCUCCCUAGAUUUCUUGCAAGAGAGAGAAAGGAAGUAUAGAAGAAAAGGCAAUUCAAGAAACAAAAGCAAUGGCUCUACCAAACACCGCAGCCUUGUCCUCCAAAUCACUCAUCCAGCCCCAAGUUCUCCUCCCCGCCGCCGCCGCCCACCAUUCCACCUCAUUCUCCUGCAACCACACCCCCGCCGUCUCCCGCCGCCACAUCUCUGCCGUGCAUGCAGCUGAGCCUGCUAAAACUCCCGUCAUCGCCACCACCAAGCUAACCGUAGCGCCACCGGCACCGGCGCCCUCCGCCACCAAGUGGGCCCCGGAUACCUGGAAAAACAAGAACGCCCUGCAGCUCCCCGAGUACCCGGAUGAAGCGGAGCUGGAAUCUGUGUUGAAGACCAUGGAAGCUUACCCUCCAUUGGUCUUCGCCGGAGAAGUCCGCAGCCUGGAGGAGCGGCUGGCCGAGGCGGCAUUGGGGAAAGCCUUCCUCUUGCAAGGUGGGGAUUGCGCUGAGAGCUUCAAGGAGUUCAGUGCUAAUAACAUUCGUGACACUUUCAGAAUUCUCCUCCAGAUGAGUGUGGUCCUCUCUUUCGGUGGCCAAUUGCCUGUUAUUAAGGUUGGAAGAAUGGCUGGUCAGUUUGCGAAACCAAGAUCGGAUCCAUUCGAGGAAAGGGAUGGAGUGAAGCUGCCUAGUUACAAAGGCGACAACAUAAACGGCGAUACCUUUGAUGAGAAAUCUAGAAUUCCCGAUCCUCAUAGGAUGAUAAGGGCCUAUUGCCAGGCUGCUUCAACGCUCAACCUUCUCAGGGCCUUUGCAACCGGAGGUUACGCCGCAAUGCAGAGGGUUACUCAGUGGAAUCUUGAUUUCGUUGAGCACAGUGAGCAGGGAGACAGGUAUCAGGAACUGGCUCACAGGGUUGACGAAGCGUUGGGGUUCAUGGAGGCAGCUGGACUUACUAUCGACCACCCGGUUAUGUCCACAACUGAGUUCUGGACUUCCCAUGAAUGCUUGCUUCUACCUUAUGAACAAGCACUCACCCGGAAAGAUUCAACUUCUGGCCUUCAUUAUGGCUGCUCUGCUCACAUGCUCUGGGUUGGGGAACGUACCAGGCAAUUGGAUGGUGCACAUGUUGAGUUCUUGAGAGGAGUCGCUAAUCCACUUGGUAUCAAGGUGAGCCAAAAGAUGGAUCCUAACGAACUCACCAAGCUCAUCGAUAUCUUGAAUCCCACCAACAAGCCGGGAAGAAUUACAGUUAUAGUCAGAAUGGGUGCUGAGAACAUGCGGGUCAAGCUUCCUCAUUUGAUCAGGGCUGUGCGCCAAGCAGGGCAAGUUGUCACUUGGGUAUGCGACCCGAUGCAUGGAAACACUAUCAAGGCACCUUGCGGACUCAAAACUCGUGCUUUUGAUGCAAUCUUGGCUGAGGUGAGGGCUUUCUUUGACGUGCACGAGCAAGAGGGGAGCAACCCUGGUGGGAUCCAUCUCGAAAUGACGGGGCAGAAUGUGACUGAGUGCAUCGGAGGAUCAAGAACCGUUACCUUCGACGACCUCAGCUCUCGAUACCACACACAUUGCGACCCGAGAUUAAAUGCUUCCCAGUCUCUCGAACUGGCCUUCAUCGUCGCGGAGAGAUUAAGGAAGAAGAGGAUGGCAUCUAGACCUCUGCUCUCUUAGUGCGUAAGGUGGUUCCACAAACCUUGUAGUAAUUCUAAUUAGUCGAUAAUGCCUGAAAAGUGUUGACAUCGAAAACCUCGACUUCUGGCGACAAAUAUCGGUGUCAGAGAAACAUCAGAGGUUGAAAGUCUGGAAAAGGGUUGAAGAAGGUUGCUGCUGAGAAUGCAAAAGGGCAAGAAUGUUGGAUUGUAUUUGUGAAGAAUAAUGUGUACAAUGUAUGUCUGAAGAUUGUGUUUGAUUAUAUUUAUGUAGCAUUUGUAGUAUCAAGACAUUGUGAACUUAUAGAGAUUUCUAAAUUAUUUCGGGAAUAAGUUAUGGUGCCUGUCUUUGUUUUA